AUGAAGAAGAUAACUAGACCGGCCUCUCUGUCCUUACCCUUGCCAAAAAGUGCAUCGCCGGUCAGCAGGACCAUCACAUCGUCCACGGAUAGGGGGAGCACAUCACCGUCGCCGAAAAAUUUGCACACUAGUAGCGCCGAGAACGCACAACCUUUGGAACCUCACUCUGUAGAAGAUCCAUCAAAUUCACCAGAUCUCACAUCACUACCACCAUUCCCAUCUUCACCAAAAGCCACGCCAAACCAUGCCCGUGAGCCAUCAAAAGGCUUCUUCUCAAACAUGAAGGCUUCCAAGUCCUCGAACAAAGUGUACAAUAUGGAACCGACUAUACGACACGUGUCUGAAGAUACAGCAAGAAGCAAUGUUGAUUCGACUGAGAAGUCGCUAUACUCCCUACGCAAGGCUACAGGAUCAACUCCUGAGUUGAGUCUAUUGACCUUACAGAGCAGCGUAACAGAAGAUCGUGAGGGUCGCCAUAUCCAGGAACAAACAGUUGCUCGCCGUCCAGUGGAAACUUCUGCGCAAUUAGAUAGCAGCAAUGCAGCCAGUCCAACUGAGCCGUUGCAAGGGAGAAAGCCCAAGCCAAAAUUCGGUGGCUUCCUGACUCGCACACGAUCAAUUCGUAUGGACGAUGGACCUAGGAAGUCAAAGCCGACGACGCCAAUCCUUACUACGAAUCCAGAAAUCAUGGUACAAUACGACGGCUCUAGUCAGGCCGAGGACAAUCAGAGAGCUCCGAAAACGGCACCACUGCAACAGGACCGUUCACUGCGUGACAUGAUGAAUUCCAAUACACGCAAUCGUUCUGCGGACCGCCAGCCCCAAUCUAAUAAUAGUCAAGAAAACCUUGGCCCACGUCGUGAGGACAGACCUUCUGGUCAAGGGCUGUCGACUUCUAAUUCCAGAGUCUUCCGUGAAAGCGGUGGAGCACAUGGCGGAUCUCACAUCUUCUCUAAUAUCAAAAACACCUCUAGCAAAGCUGCAGACGGCCUUGGCAAAGCAGGCAAGGGAAUCCUUGGGAAGAUCGCUCGAAGCGGCAGCAGCAACGCAAAAGAAGAGGAGCGUUACGUCUUACGUGUCAUCAAUCUACCUCUCAUCGAUCAAACUCGACGUACGCGCAUAGCCAGACGGCUCGAGGACUCGAAAGAUAAGACAGAGUUUUGGAUGCCUGCCUUACCCUGGCGAUGCAUUGACUAUCUGAACUUCCGAGGAUGCGAAGAAGAAGGCCUCUAUAGAGUACCAGGCAGCGAUGUGCAGAUCCGUCAUUGGCAGAAGCGCUUUGAUCAAGAGAGCGACAUUAAUCUUUUCGACGAGGAAGAACUCUACGACAUCAACAUCAUUGGGUCUAUGUUCAAAGCUUGGCUUCGCGAGCUUCCGUCCGAGAUCUUACCAAAGGAUGUCCAAGCUAGAGUUGCUGAGCAAUGUGCAGGAGCCACAGAAGUCCCACAACUCUUGAAAGAUGAGCUUUCGUCGCUUCCUCCAUGGAACUACUAUUUGCUCUUCGCAAUCACCUGCCAUCUUAGCCUCCUCACAGCCUACUCCGCCAAGAACAAGAUGACUUACGGCAACCUCUGCAUCUGCUUCCAGCCUGCCCUCAAAAUCGACGCACUUUGUUUCCACUUCCUCGUUCAAGAUUGGCGCAACUGCUGGCAGGGAUGCUGGACGGAGAAGGACGCCCUUGAAGCGGAGUAUGGGGUCCUUAACGGCGGUCUACCCUCGUCAAGUGGUAGCGGCGCAGGCAGUGGUGGAAACAGCUCAAGCGGGUCAACAGCUGUUGCUGAGGAGCGCUCGUUGGCUUCCUCAAGCAGCCAUAAGCCUUCGUUGGGGGGACGUUCUCAUCAGAUGAGACCACCGCCACUGUCACUCAUCAAAGUCAGCGACGACCACUCAUCGGGAUCUACAACCUCUGAGGAAGGAGGCAACCAGAAUGGCUACGCACAUACAACAAGCAGGACACGAUUACCAGAGCUGGCGCCUGUCAUGCCCUUAUCUCCUAUUAACAUGAGCCAUUGA